UCAUGUUUCUGUCUGUUCAAGUAAUUGAGCUUCUGCUCUCUGUAGUUCUGGUAGUGCUGGUGGUGGUUAAUGGUGGUGGUGACCAGUUGGAGAUUGGGUUUUACAAUGAAUCAUGUCCUUCAGCAGAAGAAACUGUUCAGUGGGUAGUGGCCAGGGCGUAUAAAAGUAACCCAAUUAUAGCCCCUGCACUCAUUCGCUUGCAUUUCCAUGAUUGCUUUGUAAGGGGUUGCGAUGGAUCUGUAUUAUUGGACUCUAUCCCAGGCAAUGCAUCAGAGAAAGAAUCAGAGAUCAACAAAAGCCUGCAAGGUUUUAACAUAAUUGAUGAAGCUAAAGCUAUGAUCGAAGCUCAAUGUCCACAUAUUGUCUCCUGUGCUGACAUCCUUGCUUUUGCUGCUCGAGACAGUUCAACUCUAUCAGGAAAAAUAGAUUACCAAGUCCCAGCAGGAAGGAGAGAUGGCACAAUCUCUUUAGCAAGUGAAGUAGAAGCUAAUCUCCCAUCUCCACUCUUCAAUGCAACUCAACUCAUUGCUAACUUUGAGUCCAAGAACUUAACUGCUCAAGAAAUGGUUACACUAGCUGGUGCCCAUUCAAUUGGUGUUGCACACUGCAAUUCAUUCAUAAAUAGACUUUACAACUUCAGUGAAAUCAGUGAUGAAGAUCCAAGUCUUAACCCAAUUUAUGCUUUGAUGCUUAAGAUGAAAUGCCCUUCAAAUGUUACAUCUACGGACCCUACUAUUGUUCCAUUGGAUUCUUUGACACCUGAGAUCUUGGACAACAAGUACUAUGUGGGAUUGAAGCUUCACUUGGGUCUAUUAACAUCUGAUGAAGCUCUACUUACCAAUAAAACACUUGAAGAUAUGGUGAACAUAUUUGCAAACGAUCCCAAGGUGUGGGCAUGGGCAUUUCCUCAAGCUAUAGUUAAGAUGGGAGGGAUUGAGGUUUUGACUGGAACUGAAGGAGAGAUCAGGAUUAAUUGCAGUGUCGUUAAUGGUGGUAGCUUUGCCUUCUCUGAUCAGUGAUGAAGACAAGUU